CCCCACCAGGAGGCCACCACUCCAGCUCGCCGGUCUCGUGGGUUCCGGAAGAAACAACUCGCGAGACGCCGCCCAAACCCGCAGCGCCCAGCAGCGGCCGGAGUCGGAGGCAGCCGAGGAGAAGCGGGCGCGGGGGUCGCGGCGCGGCGUCGGCCAUGUCGGUGAGCUGCGGGCUGGAGUGGGUGGUGUGCCUGGGGUGCACGCGGUGGGCGUGGAAGCGGCUCACCUACAUCGGCGCCUACGACAGCGAGACGUGGCCGCCGGCGACCCCCGGCGAGUUCGAGCCCGUCCCGCGCCUCUGCCGCGUCGUGCUCGCCAACUACGACCCGGACCUCAGCGACCCCAAGUUCGCGCCGCCGGGCCGCGGGUACGCCGGCGUCGACCCCAGGGGCGUCGUCAGGCGCGCCACCUACGAGGACGUCGGCAACCGCUGCCCGCCCUACCUCAUCUACGUCGACGAGGCGCACAAGGAGAUCGUCCUCGCCGUGCGCGGCCUCAACCUCGUCCGCAACGCGGACUACAAGGUGCUCAUGGACAACAAGCUGGGGAUGCAGAUGUUCGACGGCGGCUACGUGCACCACGGCCUCCUCAAGGCCGCCCAGUUCAUCCUCGAGCGGGAGACGGAGACGCUGCGGGACCUGCUGCGCCGGUACGGCCCCGAGUACAAGCUCAUCUUCACCGGUCACUCGCUCGGCUCCGGCAUCGCCGCGCUCAUGACCGUGCUCGUCGUCAACAACCGCAAGGAGUUCGACAACAUACCCAGGAGCCGGAUCAAGUGCUACGCGCUCGCGCCCGCCAGGUGUAUGUCGCUCAAUCUCGCCGUCAAGUACGCGGACGUCAUCAACUCCGUCGUGCUGCAGGAUGACUUUUUGCCAAGAACGCCAACACCACUUGAGUACAUUUUUGGGUCUAUAUUCUGCUUGCCCUGCUUGCUAUUCCUCAUUUGCUUGAGAGAUACAUUUAAACAAGACAAGCGAAAAUUCAAGGAUCCAAGAAGAUUGUAUGCUCCUGGGCGAAUGUAUCAUAUCGUUGAGAGGAAAUUUUGCAGAUGCGGAAGAUUCCCACCUGAGGUCAGAACUGCAAUUCCUGUGGAAGGACGAUUUGAGCAUGUUGUGCUAUCAUGCAGUACUACUUCUGAUCAUGCUAUUGCUUGGAUCGAGCGAGAAUCACAAAAGGCUUUAGAGCUAAUGAUGGAAAGUGAGAAUGCAAUGGCUCCACCUCCGCAACAAAAGAUGGAGAGGUUGCAAAGUUUUGAGGAGGAGCACAAGAGUGCCCUCCAGAGGGCAAAGACAUUGGAUGUUCCUCAUGCUGCCGACCUGUCAGAAGAGGAAAUUCUGGAGGAUGGUAGCACUGCACCACCCUCUGAUACUCAUAGCGAGACAACUACGGAACCGAAAUCUGCAGGAAGAACCAGCUGGGACGCACUGAUGGAGAAGCUUUUCACCAGGGAUGAAGAUGGGAAGCUUGUCGUGAAGAAGGACAUGGCAAAGGAGAUUGUUGUUGAGUAAUGACGGUUAUGAGACUACUCUGUACAUGGUAGUUCAUUCUUUUAUCCGGAUGUAUAAAGGAGUAAGUUGUGGGUGCGAUACAUCUAUGCCCCCCCCCCCCUAUAGUCCGUUGAAAACGUCUUUUUGAGGUACAUUCUUUUUUGCGUAUAUAGAAGAGGGGUAGUGCGAAACAGCAAAAGGCUAUCUAGUUCACUUCUGUGUAGAGGCUUCAUCUGUGUGCAUUCUUGGACAUUCGAAGUCUUUGUAAAUUUAUCAGUACAGACUUUGUACAUUGUUCCUGGUAAUGAAUUGCAAGUUGAGAAUUUAUUUGGUAA